AUGGCUGGUACGACAGUCCAGUGGAUAGCUGGGUCCGUCCAGGAGAUUUUGCAAAUCUCUGGGCUGACUCUGCAGACGUUCCUUGUCCUUUGUGCGACUUUCCUCCUGGUAUGUGCCGUCUUCAGGCGUUCCCGGAACCUGCCUCCUUACCCGGCAGGACGUGUGCCUGUUUUCGGGCACCUCCGGGCCUUGGCGGCGUGGAGGCGACAGUACGGGGACGUCUUCACCCUAAGAAUGGGGAUGGAAGAUGAGGUGUUUCUGAACGGCUACACUGCCGUCAAGGACGCGCUCGUGGACAGGUCCGAGCUGUUCGCCUCUACGAUACCAGGAUACUUGCUUGAUGUGCUUGUUGGUUUCGGAAAAGGCAUACUUGGUGCCCCUUGGGGUCCCGGGUACAGACAGAGGAAGAGGUUUGCCACCACCGUCCUGAAGAAUCUGGGCAUGAAGGUCGGACGUGGCAGCAUUGAGGACAACAUCCGAGAGGAAGCGAGUUGUCUCCGAAACAAGAUUGCAGAAAGCAACGGACAGCCCGUUGACAUCGCUCAUGACGUCUCUGUGGCGGUUUCAAACAUCAUCUGCUCCAUGACGGUCGGGAAGCGCUACGACUACGAGGAUGAGACGUUCCGGGAGCUCUAUAAAGCGAUUGCGGCGAUAACUUUCGAAGUCGGAACUGGGCGGAUCAUCGGCGCUUUCCCCUUGCUACGGUUUGUUCCUGUCGUGAACAGAGCCUUCGUCAAUGCUUUGGAAGAGAACUCCAAAGUCCGAAAUGUACUGAGAGAGGAGAUCUCGCGCCAUCGGGAACACCUGGAUCGCGAAAACCCGCGAGACUUCAUCGACUUCUGCCUAUUGGAGGUUGAACAACAGGAGAAGGUGGACGGUCUGACGGAGGAGAAUGUCCUGCACGUGACCACGGAACUUUUCUUCGCAGGAACUGAGACAACAACCAACACACUGCUCUGGAGUCUGCUCUUCAUGACCCUGAACCCCGAUGUCCAAAAUAAGGUACAAGAGGAGCUUGAUGCCGUUGUUGGUGCGAGUCUGCCCGCCCUGUCCCACCGUUCUCAGCUAACCUAUGUGAAUGCCUGUCUGCUGGAGACCAUGAGGAUCCGCACUCUUCUUCAAUUGUAA